AUGUUCUGUUCCAAAUCUGUCAUUAUAUUUAGUGCUCUUGCUGCACUCAGUGCUGUCAACGGAUCUCCUGUAACAACCCAUUCCAAGCGUGCUCAAUGUUCUGCCGACAACCAGAACUACAUCGACAACGUUUCAUGUCCUACCAUCAACAACGUCGCCUCAUUUCUGAACUACCAAGGUGACAACGUUGGCACCAAUGCUUUCGAUGUUCUUGCAGAAGCUAAUAAACUCCUCGUCUCCGAUGACCCCGUUUCAACCAUUGCCAAAGAUGUAACAGGCGGUAUCGUCACUGGCGUUACGGAUGGAGUUGUUUAUGUGCUCAAGAAUUUUGCCGCUACCAUCCAACAACUCGAUCCAGACUGCAAGUGCAACCUCGUUGCAUGCAAUAACGAUUUGAACGAUGCUAGAUCGCAAUGUCAGCUUUCUUCGACAAACCCAAUGAUCAAGGAAGGUUGUGGUGAUGCCAUCGUUGCUUGUGCUCCUUUCUAUAGUCGAGACCAGAUCAACUCCUACACCGGCUGCUGUUCCACGUACCAAUAUUCUCCCGCCAAGUAA